ACAUUCAUUUCAUUCAUUCAUACCCACUUCUCUCAACAAACUACCCAACUUUAGGAGAGAGAAAACACAUAAAUUGUUAAACAAAUUCCCCAUUUUCUCAUCUUUCUGAUCAAACAAACAAAAUCUAAGCCAGCCAUUUUCUGGGGUUUUUUCAAUGUGUUCUGCAAGAAACAGGGGAAAACAGGGGAAACCGAUGGAAAAUGGGGACAAAUUCUGUGAUGAUCACAACAAAAAAAGCGACGAAAAAUGUACCCAAAAGAGUAAAAAUGGCAGACUAUUAAGCUAUAAUGAGUUGCCUGAUUAUAUGAAAGAUAAUGAAUUCAUUCAUAAGUAUUACAGAGCAGAGUGGUCGUUCAAGCAAGCUUUUUUCAGCUUGUUUCAAUGGCAUAAUGAGACCAUUAAUGUCUGGACGCAUUUACUUGGGUUUGUUCUGUUUGUGGGAUUGACUGUUGUCAAUGCAGCUCAUGUAACACAAGCUGUUGAUCUUUUUGGAAUUCUUAGGAGUUAUCCAUCAGGAACAGGAAAAAACUCAUCCCAUGAUUCUGCAAAACUCUUUAUGGGUGUGACAAACAUGGUUAAUUUGGAGAACAUACCACAUCACAUGGGAACAGAUGCAGUAAGAUGGCCAUUUUAUGUUUACUUAGGUGGUUCCAUGUUCUGCCUUUUGUCAAGCAGUGUCUGCCAUCUCUUCUGUUGCCAUUCCCACCACAUGAACAUCUUACUCUUCCGAAUGGACUACACCGGGAUCACAGUCAUGAUCAUUACCUCGUUUUUCCCUGCUAUUUACUACAUCUUCUUGUGUGAACCCCUUUGGCAAUUCAUCUACCUUGGAGGGAUCACUGCCUUCGGGGCCUUCACUAUCGCAACCCUACUCUCUCCUACUCUCUCCUCAGGGAAAUGCAGGAACUUUCGUGCAAUCCUCUUCGUGUCCAUGGGUCUGUUCGGGCUUUUUCCUGCUGUUCAUGCUUGUAUCUUGAAUUGGAAUAACCCAAGAAGGAAUUUGACUCUUGCAUAUGAGGCUGGUAUGGCAUUGUCUUACCUUGUUGGGACCGGAUUCUAUGUGACCAGGAUCCCAGAGAGGUGGAGGCCUGGCUGGUUCGAUCUUGCAGGGUCUAGUCAUCAGAUUUUCCACGUGUUCGUGCUGUUGGGUGCUCUUGCUCAUUAUGGUGCUGCCCUACUCUUCAUGGAGUACAGAGACGCCGUUGGAUGUGGACAAUGACCUCCAUAAACACUUGAAAUUCACCUUGUUAAUUUAUUCAUCUUCAUUAUAUUCCAUAAUUUAUUGUAAGCUUGAUUAUAUAUUGGUAAAAUUCAUAGGAAUUGUAGAUAAAGUAAACAAAAUUAAUCUAUUCAUUUGUUAGCUGUUCAAA